GACUGCGAUUACACCGAUCCGCCUGAAUAUCCGAUUUCAAACCCUGUGCAAACGAUUUACUCACUAUCUCGAAGCUACGUGUUUUCUCACCUCGUUCAUCAUUGAUCCGUCAAGUUCCUCGUUCUCUCCGGGAGAGCCGCGGCAAGUGUUGGGAUUAAGUCUGACAGACGUGGAUCAUCCGAGCCGCAGCUCGUCCUCCUGCUCGUCCUCCAACUCGGCCUAUUACUCGUCUUCGUCCUCUUAUUCUGCGUAUUACGAGGAGGAAGAAAGUCUCGAGAGUUUCCUGGUGUUGAUGAGCGUCUCCUUCGAAGUGCCGGCGAGCUACGGCAAGAAGAGUAACACGUGGUACGCGACGCCCGGCGGGGGCGGGGGUGGAGGGGCGGCGACGGCUGGAAGAGGCGGAGGAACCGGAUGGAGCCGACCUCCGGCGGUCGGAAGCCUCAGCCGCAAGGCGUCCAUCAGCGACGAGGCACCCCCGCCAGGGGGUGGAAAACCCUCCUCGGGCCGAGUCAUAAGGAUCGUCAAUAACCUCGAUCACACCGUCCAGUGUCGAGUACUGCUGAAUUUGAGGACCUCGCAACCCUUCGAAGAGGUCCUGGAGGAUUUGGGUCAGGUACUCAAGAUGAACGGGGCCAAGCGGAUGUUCACCGUCACGGGUUUGGAGGUGCGAAGCUUCUCUCAGUUGCGAAACGAAUUCGCCGACGUCGAUACGUUUUACCUCGGCGGUGGGACGGGUGUUCAGUCAGUCGCGAUCGCAGCUUCUCCAGCUCGAAGAUCGAGGUCUCGGGGCCCUCCUACGGUCGUCGAAGACUUGAGCCGUCAGCGACGGGCCCGAAGCAAAAGCAGGCCGCGGGCCCUUUACGCGCCGGAAGCGGAAGUCGUCCGAGUGAACGAUUACAGCGUGGUCGAAGUGCUCAGGGAAGAGCCUACGAGGGUUACAAUCAGGGGGUUGCGCCGGUCGUUUUAUCCCCCGUCGCUUCUUCCGCCCGUCGACAACUCGCCGCCGGAAAAAAAGCUCCAGCUCGAAUGGGUAUACGGUUACAGAGGCACCGAUACGCGGAAAAAUCUCUGGGUAUUACCGAGUGGCGAACUUCUCUACUACGUUGCCGCCGUCGCCGUUCUUUACGACAGGGAGGAAAACGCUCAGAGGCAUUACGUCGGGCACACGGAAGACAUCACUUGCAUGGAGAUUCAUCCUAGUCGCGAGCUUGUGGCGUCCGGUCAGAAGGCUGGGAGACACAGGAAAGCUCAACCCCACGUCAGAAUUUGGUCAACGGAUACUCUUCUCACCCUCUACAUUUUCGGGAUGUCAGAAUUUCAGCUGGGAGUUGCCGCUCUUGCCUUUUCGCAGCUGAACGGUGGAAGCUACGUGUUGGCCGUCGACUCGGGGAGAGAGGCUAUCCUCUCGGUUUGGCAAUGGCAGUGGGGUCAUCUGCUGGGAAAAGUUGCAACUCUUCAGGAGGAUCUCACCGGAGCCGCGUUUCAUCCUCUCGACGAUAAUCUACUGAUAACACACGGCCGAGGUCAUUUGACAUUCUGGAAUCGUCGUAAGGACGGAUUUUUCGAAAGAACGGACAUCAUAAAACCGCCUUCACGGACGCACGUGACGAGCAUCCAGUUUGAACAGGACGGCGACGUCGUGACGGCAGACAGCGACGGUUUCAUAACGAUCUAUUCGGUCGACGCCGACGGUGCAUAUUUCGUAAGAAUGGAGUUCGAGGCCCACAACAAGGGUAUCAGCUCCCUGGUUAUGCUCUCCGAAGGUACCCUUUUAUCCGGGGGUGAAAAGGACCGAAAAAUCGCGGCUUGGGACUCGCUCCAAAACUACAAGCGCAUAACCGACACGAAGUUGCCCGAGGCUGCGGGCGGCGUGCGAAGCAUUUAUCCCCAACGUCCGGGGCGGAAUGACGGAAAUAUAUACGUCGGGACCACUAGGAACAACAUUCUCGAAGGAUCGUUGCAACGCAGGUUCAAUCAGGUGGUUUUCGGUCACGGUAGGCAACUCUGGGGACUCGCCGUUCACCCCGAUGACGAGGUUUUCGCAACCGCCGGACACGACAAGAACAUCGCUUUGUGGCGACGGCACAAACUCCUCUGGACGACGCAGGUCGGUUUCGAGUGCAUCAGCAUCGCUUUUCACCCGUUCGGUGUUGCUUUGGCGGCGGGUUCGUCGGAGGGUCAUCUUCUCGUUUUAGCCGCAGACACGGGAGCGGCUGUGGCGACGUUGCGAGUAUGCGGAUCGCCGCUUUCCUGCAUCGGCUACAACCCGACCGGUGAAAUUAUCGCCUUGGGAUCCCAGAACGGCAGCGUAUAUCUCUUCAGGGUUUCGAGGGACGGUUUUUCGUAUAAAAAAAGCAACAAGAUCAGGGGAGCUCAGCCCCUCGUUCAACUCGACUGGAGCUCGGACAGCAGAUUUCUUCAGACCGUCACGCAGGAUUACGAUCUCGUGUUUUGGGACGUAAAGGCUUUGUCGUCGGAAAAGAGUCCACUGGUAAUGAAGGAUGUCAAAUGGUACACUUACAACUGCAUGGUCGGCUACAUGGUUUCUGGUAUGUGGAACAAUCGUUACUACCCUUUGAACACCGUCUUGUCGACCUCGAGUCGUUCGGCAGCCCACGACAUGCUCGUUUCCGGGGACGCCGAGGGUUAUCUGAGGCUUUUCCGGUAUCCUUGCACCAGUUCGAAGGCCGAAUACAUCGAGGAAAAGGUUUACAGCUCGCAGGUUGCCUGCGCCCGUUUCCUCUACAACGAUCAAAACGUUGUCACAGUCGGCGGUACAGACGCUGCUCUAAUGCUGUGGGAACUGGUCGACGAAUAGUUAUUUUUUCACAUUUCCAUCGUACCUAUAGUAUGAAUUACCGUUAUCGUCGUUACUACUGUAAAAGAAUUCAAGCAGGGUAGAAUCGUCAAAUAUUUCAAAAAUCAAAUUGGACGAACAAUUAUAUGUUUUUACAUUCAUUAUCUCGGUAAAUUUUUCAGAAAAAAUGGACAUCUGAGUUUAGAUUUUUUUUUCUUAAUCGAAAAUUACGAACUUUGCUAACUUUGUCUCGUUGCUUUGUUUUUUUUUUUUCCAAGGGGGUGGUGGAGGUAGAGAAACUAAUGAAAGCUGCCUUUGAGAUUUGAUGAAUAAAUACUAAAUAUACACAAAUGUAAUAAUAUAUAGACCAAGUAUUUGAAGAACGAAUCAGUCUUAGACUAGCAACAGGUAGGUACCUACAUACAUAACAAUAGCAAUGGUAAUGAUACGUAAUUCUAGUUGUAAUUGACUAUUGAUAAAAAAAAAAAGUUUGCUAGUUGAUUACAGGGGUGCAGGCGCUCCGUCGUAGUUUGUUAUUAUAUCUUAAUUCCUAUAAUCGUACAACCGAUUUCGAUGACGGUUGUAAGUAUUUUCAAUAAAUACAUACAUUAUUGUAUGUAUAUAUUUAAAUCUUUGAGACGUAAUUAUAUAAUACAUGAUAAUAUAAUUGAACUAAUUUCAAUCGGACUCGUAUAAUAACAUAUAAUGCAUACUAACAUAGUAAAAUAUUAUGUAUUAUUAUUCUUCUCGAUUAUAUUAUACGUAUAACCAAUAUUAUAUAACGUAUACAUAAUCCCCUUUAAUAACAAAUGUAGAAAGUAUACGACGCAUCGUUAAAUAUUGAAAAAAAAAAGAUAAUGAAAAUGUUGCCGGACAACGUGGAAAAAUUUUUUUUUUCUGUCGUCCUCUUUUCUUUCUUUAUAAUGAAAAGAGGGACAGAGUCAUAUAAUAACGCAAUAUUUAAUAAUUCAUUCAAUGAACAUCAGGAAUUAUUCAAGAUGAUGAUGAUAAUGAUGAUGAUGAUGAUAAUGCAAUAAUUUUUUAAAUCUUAGUAUUAUAACACAUGUACACGUAUACGUAUUAUACAUAGAAUAUGAUUAAUUUUUCAAACAGUUCUUUCACGGUUCUCAAAAAUUCACGUAUUCUAGUCACGUGUGUACGCAAUACACAUGCACAUACGGUAUAAUUCUUAGAUAAUUGUUAGCCCAAGGUGAUCACUGCCAAAAAUUCACUUUCAAGCGUAUAACAUAUGCAUAUACAUAUUUACAGUGUAUGUCGUGUAUGUAAAUCUUGUUGCUUCGUGAUCAAAAUCCACCUAUUAUAAAUUUCAAGGCUAUGAUGCGACUGCGAUUUUAAUGGACUUCAUUAUAAUUUCGUCAUAAAUUGAUUUGAUUUUAUAGCCGAAUUUGCAUAUCGUACAACAGUCAGUAAAAAACAAAAAAACAUUCCCGUAACAACGAAAGGUAAAGAAAACGACGACGGCCAGCAUUGAGAAUCUUUAACAACGUUCAACAACAAUGAUUCACGGAAUAUUAUUAAUGCACAUACUUAUACCUAUAUGCAUUUUUUUUUUUUUUUUUUGACAUCAACGUAUUAUCGAAUGGAGAAGAAAGAAAACUUUGCCGGUGAAAAGGAUGUACGAUAAAAUUAUUAAUAUAUGCUGCACCGCAGAGACCUGCUGUGUCAUAGAUUUAAUUCUGAAACACCCACCAUAUGAUUCGUAGAUCUAAAAUUAGACACGUUAUACAUAUACGGAGUAUAAACGAGCGGUAUGAAAUUACGCGCGGUAUAAUAUAAUUUAUAACAUACGAAAAACCAGCUAAGCUGCACUUGGCAUGCUAUUUGUAUAACCACGUAUAAUAAUUAUAGCCGAAAUUAUCUUGUA